UCUCUUAGGUAAACAAGACACUGCUCCUCUCCCUCUCUCCUCUGCCAAACGCCUCAUCUCGCGCGUCUGCUGCACGGACUGGGACAACGUGUUUGGUGGUACCCUACGCAUUACUUCCAUGGGCCAGUACCAGACACUCUUCCCUGCAGCCUUGGACCCGGCAAACGUCCCGCGUCCUAGAUGUCGCCAUCGCCCACCUUCCCCUGAGCCACACAACACUCACAGCUCACCUGCACCCCUGUCUGCGUCUGUCCCCUGACCCAUUGUGCCUGUGGUGCAACACUGUCCCCGAGACCAUCUAGCUCGUCCUGCUCCACCUGCCCAGCCUCAGGUGUCCGUCCAUCACGGCAACCAGCAGCCAUCCUGUGUCUUCCUGAAGAAGGCCGGCUAGCUGUCACGCCUGUGGUAGCCUCGCAGGGCGUCACCAGGGGUCAUAAGGACCACUACGUCUUCGCUGCCUUGCCAACAACAACAAUCAACACAGAGGCAGAUAUAGGGUGGACCCAGCAGCAGUCAUGUGGUGUGUGCAGCAGCCAGUGUCCCGGAGCAGGGCAGCGUGUGUGGGGGCAGCGUGCACCACCAGUGGGGGCGUCCCCGCUGGAGUGACUUGCUGCCGUGUGAACAGUGCCUGCCAUCACUACCAGCCUCUGAAAAGGAAGAAUGAAGAGAGAGGAAAAAGAGGAAAAUGAAAAUAUUGAGAAAAUGAAGAAGCCGAGAAAAUCCUGACCAGAAAUAAAACCCGCCCAGGAAAAACACACACACACACACACACACACACACACACACACACACACACACACACACACACACACACACACACACACACACACACACACACACACACACACAUACAUACACGCGCGCGCGCGCACGCAAGUGGCUAUUUUACGUAAAGUUUAUUUGUGUAUUGAAGAUUACGGGAGGUUUGAACCUUACAUGAGAAAAUCCUUUAUUUCCUUUUUCCCCUCAAAAAAAGAAAACAAUUAAAUAUAUAUAUGUAUUGAUAAAAUUCCCAAAUUAUUGACAUUAGUUUUGAAAUGUUAAAUAAAAGUAAGUCGUUGGGUUUUACUUAAGGAAAAAUACUUACUUUAUUUAUUUUUUCUUCUCUAAAUAUUAAAAAUCUUAUCUUACUUCGCCUCUGAAUAAAUAAUAAUAACAAAUUUAAAACGACAAUGCAUUCUCACGUAAACCAAAAUUUAAAACGACAGUGCAUUCUCACGUAAACCAAAAUUAAUUCCUAUAGAAAAAAAAAUAGAGAACUUUAUAAAAGGAGAACACAUUUACUUUGUUUCCCCUCAAAAAAAAAAGAAAACAAAUCACUUUCUUAACCACAAAAACAAAUAAACCAAACAAAUCAACGAAAAAAAUUCAAAAUAACAACAUUGCGUCCGAACGGUGUGCGUCUGACCUUGACUUAGGCGCAAUGGACGACAAGUUAGCAUCCUACACCGGCGGGCUGCACGUGUUCAAGAGUUACCUGAAGGAGAAGUGGGGGACCCUAAGGGAGCAGGGCGCCUCUGAGACCCUUAAAGACCUGAAGGAGAAGACAGGAACCAAAGUAGAUGGGAUUAAAGACAAGGCCAUCAAGAAUCUGAACAAGGGAGAGGGAGAUGAUUACUCACAUAUAUAUAGACGCAAGUCGAGGAUGGAGAUGGUACGUAUCUCAGCCGCUGUUAUGGGGAUCGAAUUCUGCUACGCCGCGGAAACUGCAUUUGUUUCCCCCACGCUGCUUCAGAUAGGGGUCAGCCACAGGAAUAUGACUCUUAUAUGGUGUUUGAGUCCCUUUAUUGGGUUCUUCGUGACGCCUGUCCUCGGUUCUCUCUCUGAUAACUGUCGGUCUAAGCUUGGGAGGCGAAGACCGUUCAUUAUCCUGCUUUCUAUUGGGAUUCUGUUAGGUCUUCUUCUAGUCCCCAAUGGAAAGGCAAUCGGCGUUGGUCUAGGAGAUGUCUACGCCCCCACCCCCCCGCGCCCCUCCAGGUGAGAGGUAACCUGCCGAGAGAUUCCUUACCUGGACUCAACAUCUCCUCCUCCUCCUCCUCCUCCUCCUCCUCCUCCUCCUCCUCCUCCUCCUCCUCCUCCUCCUCCUCCUCCUCCUCCUCCUCCUCCU